AGUUUAAGAUAUCUUCGAAUCGGUAAAAGAUACUUUUCAAUUAAUCAAGUAAGAAUGUGUUCUGAUCAUCAAAAGGCUAAUGAAAGAUUAUUACAAUUGAGUAAUAUUCUUCAACCAAAUAAAACUAGUGUUCCAAAGUCAUUAAAACCGGACCAUCCAUUCAAGAUUGCUGUUAUUGGAUCUGGUAAUUGGGGGACCACUAUAGCCAAAGUAUUGGCUGAAAAUGCUAAUUAUAGACCUCAUUUAUUUAAACACCAAGUUGAUAUGUGGGUUUUUGAAGAAAAAAUUGACGGUACUAAUUUAACCGGAAUUAUUAAUACUAAACAUGAAAAUGUUAAAUAUUUACCAGGAGUUGAAUUACCAAAGAAUUUACAUGCUGAACCAGAUAUUGUCAAGGCUGCUAAAGACGCUGACUUAUUGGUUUUCAAUUUACCUCAUCAAUUUUUACCUAGAAUCACCAAACAAUUAAAAGGUAACUUGAAACCAACCACCAGAGCAAUUAGUUGUUUGAAAGGGUUGGAAGUUACUCCAGAAGGUUGCAAGUUAUUGUCUACUUAUAUCACCGAACAAUUGGACAUUCCAUGUGGUGCUUUAUCCGGUGCUAAUUUAGCACCCGAAGUUGCUAGAGGUAAAUGGUCCGAAACUACUGUUGCUUAUAAAUUGCCUCGUGAUUUCAAAGGUGCUGGUAAAGAUAUCGAUCAUUUUGUCUUGAAGGCUGCUUUCCACCGUCCAUAUUUCCAUGUUAACGUCAUUGAAGAUGUUGCUGGUGUUUCUGUUGCUGGUGCUUUGAAAAAUAUCGUGGCUUUGGCUGUUGGUUUCGUCGAAGGUUUAGGUUGGGGUGAUAAUGCCAAAUCGGCAAUUAUGAGAGUUGGUUUAUUGGAAAUUAUUAAUUUUUCAAAAGAAUUCUUCCCAGAAUCUAAAGCUUCGACUUUCACCGUUGAAAGUGCCGGGGUUGCUGAUUUAAUUACUACUUGUUCCGGUGGUCGUAACGUUAAAGUUGGUCGUUACAUGGCUGAAACUGGUGAAGAUGCUCAAGCUGCAGAAAAAAAAUUAUUAAAUGGUCAAAGUUCUCAAGGUAUUAUUACUGCUAAAGAAGUUCAUGAAUUAUUAUCCAAUGUCGAUAAAACUUCUAAAUAUCCUUUAUUCGAAGCUACUUAUCAAAUCAUUUACGGUAGUGAAUCAAUUGAAAACUUGCCAGUCUUAUUAGAAACCAGUAGCUAUAUUUAAUUCUCUCAUUUAAUAGAUUUUCUAGUGAUUGUUUUUAACUUUUCAUCAACGCA